GCCAACAAUUAAUGUACAUUUGCUAAACUGUAAUAAAAUAAUAAAAUGGUAGAAGGCGACAAUAUAUAUAUUUAAAUUCGUCGUACAUCAAAAGGAUAUUUCCCCGUAUACAAACGAGUAAAUGCAGUGUCGUGUUAACCUCAGGAAAGCAUGCGUGGAGCUAAAAUUGGGAGUCCGAAGAUUUAAAAAGCGCCGUGAAGAUGCUAACGCGAACGCGCCCGGAUAAUGCCGGCCCCGGUGUACACGGAGUUGUUUAACGGUGGCUACCUUUUGAGGCGGUACCAGGGGAAAAAAGAAAAAGAUACCCACCUAUCUCGUGGUUCGUUUAAACGAAACCUUCUAACGGAGAACGGUAAACGUACCCCAAGGGUAGUAACCCGACCGACGACGUUAGUGGGCGACUCUGAAUGUUGUCGAGUAAUUAAACAAAAUAUAGAAACAGUUGGCGUUUCCAUGGCUCGUCGCCUCUUUACACGGACGAAUCUUUUUUAGAAACGGCACCACGGCAUUGUGCAUCGCCACCGUUCUGUGCAAGCCAACGUAAAUACGCGCGAAUGCGUUCCACCACGGGACUCGCUCUCGGCUCUCAGAGAAGCUGCUUUGGCUUUCGAGAUACCCGACGUCGCUGGAACUCUUGAGCAAACGUACUUAGGCGGAGCGUUUAAAGACCGCCUCUCUCUCGUUGAUGCCUUUCUUCCUCGAGUAAAUGUAAUUAAAAAUACUCGCUUGGUUAAUUUCCAAACAGUCGCGAGCGGCACCGCAAGCGCCGGGUUAUCACCGAAAAAUUUCGUUAAUGGCGUGUACACAACCACGAGAGAGGUAGUCACGUUCUCGACCAAACAGAAACUUCUUAUCCGUAGGGUUGAUCCUGUUAGCGAGAAACCGAACCGAAGAAGACGGCGGAAAAUUGUCGCUACCUGCUUACGCCUUUGUCCGCUAAGGCUUGUACUAAUAAUUAUAAUGUUCCUUGUUGGUACAUAACCGGAUUACUUGGAAACUUUGUAUCCCUCUUCUUUUGUCACGAACUGAAAUAGCCGCUGUUUCAUUUUAUGAGGUCAAUUUCCUUAACUGGACCGAAUAGGAACAAUAAAGAAUAAAAGUUCUCAAAGGAAAAUGGGCGACGUUACACUCCUCUAUUGAGUCCCGGUUCUUAUUUAUUUAUAGCGAAUGGAAAAUAUUUUCAGUGGAUCCAGAAUAAAAAAUCUGACGAAUCAGAAACACGUGGCAACACCUCUUCAAGUUAUGACGUCAUCUAUCAUAUGAUAUAGGUCUUGGAUAUUUCUCAAAAAGCAAACGACAUUUAUCGUGGACUAAUUCGAAACGAAACGUUGGUCAUCGCUUGACUGGUUCAUGCCCUCUCACGGGAUUAGUCAAAUCCCAAAAUAACACCGUAGGCGAGUAGAGUUUGCAUAUAACGUACAAAUCUCUUCAACGAUGUAAAUCGGACACUCUAAGCUGUUUGUACAUAAGCCUGGUGCAUAGUAUAUUAAGUAUGCGCGUCAUUCGUGAUUUAUAGUUAUCUCGCAACAUAGUCGAUUUAUAUUUAGAAGUUAUGAUAAACUGUACAAUAAACCCUAAUUUACAUUAACUGUCGCUUGGUUCGUUCAUUUUACGUAUGUGCUCUUUUAUCAUACUGGGAUUCGGAGUACCCUGGUUUCAUGUCUGUAAUAUCUGUAACGAUUCUUUGGAUCUAAUAUAAGAAUCAUAAUAGUGAUGAUGUAGAAUACAUAACAGAACUAGAUAUAGCAAACUGAACCUAAACCACAUACAAUAGAGAUCUGAAUCUCCACUCAAUAUCCUAUCAAAAGUGAUCGAAGUAAGCAAAGAGACAUUAAUUAGUAAGAAAUACUCUUCCAUCGCCAUAAACAAUGUUAGAACCAAGCAACCACAAGUGAGUUUGGACAACAGGAAUCUGAGACUUAACCCUCUCCGAAUGAGCAUACGGCGGUGAUUAUAACAGUAGUCACGAUACGGAAUAUUCGAUUCAGUAAUCACCUAAGCAAACUAGUUGCAGCGAAUAGUGGAUAGGAAUAUUCAUCAACGCGACGCGGAUGUUCGCGGUUGAAAAGGCGCGCGCGUACGUAGGUACCUCCACGCCGGCCGUAUUUCUCUGUUUUGAUUUCGGACAGCGCGGCGCAGACAGCAAGAGUAGACGUGAAAAUAACCCACGGCAGGAGGAAGGCAGGUCUAUUAAUAGCGAACCGAAGAGUAUCUUUGUCGUGUGUUAGGCAGCGUCCCCGUCGGGUUUCGCAGCGAAAUUCGUCAGUCGAUUUACCGUUCCGCGAUACAUUCUUCGCACGUACACGCCGGGGAAACGCGUAACUCGAUCGGAACACGAUGUUCCGCAGAAGUUUGCGCCCGUACCCGGCAGCCGUUCUCGUUGUCUGUUGAAUUUCCUGCCUCGGUGCUGGAACCGCCUAAACAUCGGGAAACUAAAGGAGAGUGCCCUGUGUACGGUAGAGUGGCACGGUUAGACAGGUGAAUAGAGGAGAAGGAAAGGCGAGUAACGCGUCGAAGAAACGGGCGAAAACUGAGGAAGCCGAGUAGCUGAGAGCGUGGCGGUCGGAUGGUCGAGCGCGUGUGAAUACCGCAAGAUUCUUCGAAGGUUUCACGAGUUUGCCUUUACCUAUAGACGAACUGGAAGGAAGUUAAAACCACAUUCGAGUGAAUCUAAAUAAAGAACUAUGCGGACCAGUGGAUGAGGAACGGGGAGAGGGAGGCCGUAGCUGGCUGCGAGAGGGAUAUGCGGUGAGUAAGAAUGGUACAGCGAGCCGCAUGCAGCAUCGAGGCGAACACAUUCCCCAAUGGCGUACGGAUCAGCGACCGGGAAGGAAGAACGUCGGAUGUCGUCGCGACGGAAGCGUCCGUAGAGCAAGAAGCGCCCACGGUUCACGAGGGACGCGGAACACCCAGAUUCUCCUUGUUCAAGUGGUUCAAACGGUCCGGUAAUCGCGAGUCCAGCGUGGACAAACGACGGAAGACGAUCGACAAGUUGAACGGCGAUGACAACGGGAGACAGCAAAGCAUCUCGUCGAGCGUGGAGAGCGUAGACACGUUCUACAGCACUACCACCGUGCGUAGUUUCGCCUUCCGCACCGGAACCCUUGGCAGAUGCGACCGACUGUCGUUGGAUAUUCUGGAACAAGCAGCGGAGGUAGGCCCGUUCGCUGCUGGAGCAUCGAAAGUUACGGUUGGCAACAAAGAGAACGAGCUCUCGGACGUGGCGUGCACGUUGCCCACCAACAGAAGGGACAUCACCGCCAGAUAUUCCCUGCAGCCGUCGACCACGUUCAAUUCUUGCGGAAAUCUAUCGUUCCCGGAUCGUCGACUGGUCGAGUCGUUGAAGAGGUUGGACGACCGGAGAGCCAGCUGCAACGCGGGCUCGGUUCGCAGGAGGGUGCACGUGAAGGGAAAGCGACGAGCGCCUAAUCCUCCGGUAAUCUCGGCCAAGGUAACGGAGGUAGAUGCACGGGAAACACCGAGGAACAGCAGCAGGCGGAAACGACGCGCGCCCAAACCGCCCGAGAAGCUGGUCGACGGUAAUUCGCCUGCGGAGAAGCGCGAAACCGAUCUCACCGAUGGCGGAAUGGACGUAGAAACGCGAGCGGACAGCGAGGACGUGCAGACUCUCAGCAACGACACGCUGGUACUUCAGGGUGGAGUUCUGCUGCCGAAGAAAGAGAUUAAACGGAGCGCGAAAGAGAAGAACACGAAAGACACGAGCUCGAACUCGUUAGACACUGCCAUUCCUCGGGACAGCCCGUCGACGACCCAUACCGUUGGAACUCUGAGCACAGCCAUGCCACGACCUUGGUACAAACGAAGCGUCUUCGAACAUUCUCGGGAUUCCGGACCGUCCAGAAGGGGCGAUGUUCUCCGAGGGCCUACAACCUCGACGGUCGAAAUAAAAGAAGAAUGCGCUGCCUCGAACACGACUGCUUCCACGAGCUACUCGGUGGACGCCUCCCUGUCGAGAUUGAACUUCUUCCAUCGAGGCGGACAAGCGGACGAGCGGAAGAGGGAGGCGAAGAGGAAGUCGGGCCUGUCGAUUUUGACGAAUAUCAGCGAGCUCGACAAGGAAGCUGCUGCCAUUGUUCAGGAAGAACAAGCUCGCGCGAGAGCCUCGAUGCUGUUGAAGUCCUCGAGGUUAGUCGACGCGUUCGAGAAGAGGAACGAGAUGAACGAGGAGCUGGUCCAAGACAUCGUCGCGUCCGCCAUGGAAACCUCGUCGCCUAGGCGAGGCACCCGGGCCUUGAUCUCCAAAUUCAACGCCAUUAGCAACAUCACCAAGGUCACGGUCAACGCGAACUUCUUCGCCAAGAGCAACAGAGAUCAACCGCCGCCGAAGUUCGAGCGGGACGUGGUCAGAAAUACGAGGUCGUUCGAUCAGCCUAUCGAUUGGAAGGAACAUUCGAGGUUCUCCGCUCAACCAUUGACUACUGGCCAAGGUACUCGUGUCGAAAAAGACAUCUCGAGAUACUUCCCCCCGCAACAAAAAUCAGGGAGAAACAAAACAGAGGCUGCUGGCGGUAAAGUCGCUUUGGACAAGGAACAAAACGAUCGACUGGCCAACGAGACUUUCAAUAGAAUAUCGUUCCUGCAGAGCCAACUCGCCGCGAAUCGGUUGAAUGACCCCGCAAUUGUUCAAAAGGAUAACGCGGCGGCUUUAAUAGAAGAAAAAAUUAGAUCCAGGCAACUGAUCAAUGAGAAGAAAGAAAAGGAAGCUAAAACGAGCAACGCGGAUCCGAGGAGGUACCUGUUGUCCCGUGGUUCUGUGGAAAACAAGGAGCCUUUGAACAUCGCCGAGGAACCCAGGAAACCUGACAAACAACGAUUGGACGGUGUGCAGAAAGAGUUCUCGGAUAUUUUCGAGGAAAUCGAUAAGCAGUUACGUAUGAAAGAGUUGAAAUUCAUCGAUCGUCGUUUGGACCAGACGAACACGACAUCCACUAAUCAACGGGGCAAAGUUCACGAGGAGGAAGCCGGAAUAUCAAGUAAGGUAACUAAAGUGCUCGAUAUCCUGGUGGAGGCGGAAAAGGACGCCAAGACAAAGACGUCCGUGCAGCAGGAAAAGUCGAUACUCGUGGAGGACGCUCGUUCGACUACGAACGUGAAAUCGAAAUCGGACAAGAUGAGAUCGCCGAUUCUGAACACCGUCGAGGAUCCAAUUACAACGGAUUUAAAGGAGAUGUUGAAAGAAAUGAAACACUCGUUACCGAAGCGUUCGAAGCCCGGUAAAAUCGCGAUGCGUAAUACCAACGAGAAGAAAGAAAUAGGUAGCCAGGAUAAACCCACCUAUUUCGUUUCAGCAGUAACGAAAGUCGAAAACAUCGCGCUGCAAAACGAUUACGAGCUGGAAAAGCAAAAGGUGUCGUGUUCCGUGCAAACCAGUGGAAAUCUGCGAAGAUUGAAUCAACCAUCCGCAGAACAACCGUCCACCUCUGGAUGGAAACAGGAGAAUGUCGUCUACAAAACGUCAGGGAAGAACAUGGGUGGUUCGGGACUGGUGAAAAAUACGUUUCAACUGAUACGGCCACGGGACUUCGCCGAAAUCGAGGCUACGAAAACAACGAGAACCGCUUGCAGCAACGAGAACACUUACGCGAACGUGAUGGAGCAAUCGCUUUAUGCCAAUGCUCAUGUUCCGCUUUUACCCAAGCAACGUUCGACGAGGGUUACGAAACCCGAUGAUACCAAUGAAACGAUCGUUGCACCUGUGGUGGUUGCCGAACAAAAAUCGAAGGAAAAGGAAGAAACUGUUGAAAGUGGUGAGGAAGACGGCAAUUCAGCGGAGAAAAACAUGAAUACGCUGGCCAUAAACCGAUUACUCAGAAAGUUAGAAGCUGCAAUCGCGUCUGGCCAUCAUCAACAAGCUGCCGGGUUGGCGAAGGAGCUGGCACGACUCAAGAUCCAUUGUUCCGUGAUUCGACAACGAUCGGCUCGUCUCAAAGAUCAGUUGAUUAAAGUCAAUAUGUACAUUGAGGACAAGCUUGCUCACCAGGGACCUAUACCUCUUCAGUUGCCGAGCAGGAUGACGGUGGCCGAGUUGAAGACGAAGAUACACACCGAAUUCGAGAUACCGACUAAUGUGCAACGAUGGAUCGUCGGUAAAAAUCUGGCUGACCGCGAUGAGGCCACUUUGAAAGAAUUACAGGCGGUGGAUGGAUCACCGAUAUUUUUAUAUCUUGUUGCGCCAGAACUAAGAUCGACAAAUGUGAUACAGAUAGAGGAGCCCACCGACAGCGGUACAAAGGAGGCAGAAAAUGUGAUAAACGACGAUGCGAGUACAUUCACGGAAGUAUUGCAAACUGUGGAAGAGGAUCACGAAGUAGUCGAAGAACCCGAGGAGACGGGGGAGAGGAAUACACCGGAGGAAGUGAGAAUGGAACGAUACGAGGAAUUGAUCUCUUUGGAAAACUGUGACGUAAUACCGAAUUCAGAACCAAUCGAAUGUCCCGUAUGCUUCGUUACAUACGGUCCACGCGAAGGUGUAAUAUUGAGAGAUUGCUUACAUAUGUUUUGCAGGUCAUGUAUUGCUAAUACUAUUAGAUACUGCGAAGAAGCCGAGGUGAAAUGUCCUUACAGAGACUCAGAGUACACCUGUGAGUCGACUCUCCAAGAGCGUGAGAUCAAAGCACUCGUCGAACCAGAAGUUUACCAGCAACAUCUCGCAAAAUCCAUUGCUCAAGCGGAAAACAACGCUGGAAACAAUGCGUUCCAUUGUAAAACGCCAGAUUGUCCUGGUUGGUGCAUCUACGACGAUGACGUGAACAACUUUCUUUGUCCAGUGUGUGGUGCAAACAAUUGUCUCACUUGCCAGGCCAUACACGCUGGUAAAAAUUGCAAACAAUAUCAGCAGGAGUUGAGGUUGUCGAAGGAAACGGAUCAAGAAUCACGAAGAACGGCUGAAAUGCUCGAAGAAAUGGUGGACAGAGGCGAAGCACUCGCAUGUCCCACGUGUGCUGUUGUGUUGAUGAAAAAGUGGGGCUGCGAUUGGUUACGUUGCUCCAUGUGCAAAACCGAAAUAUGUUGGGUAACGAGAGGUCCACGUUGGGGUCCUGGAGGGAAAGGAGACACCUCUGGAGGCUGCAGAUGCGGAGAAAAUGGAGUCAAGUGCCAUCCUCGUUGCAACUAUUGUCAUUGAGUCACCGUCGAUAAACAGAAUUACCGUGGCACACAAUAAAAUCGACAAGAUAUUUAUGAACUGUUAUCAAUUGUCUCACGACAUCGAGAUAAAUUGCUAGUGAAAAAUGUCAACGGCUUAAUAUGUAAUAACGAAGUUUAAUAACCGAUAAAGCUGAUAUUGAUAAGUAA